AUAAGUUAAAAAUAUAAUUAGACAGUAAUAAUUAUGAUGAAUGGGGGGAGAGUAGGGUUAGAGGUAGCUGCGAAGUAGAGGCGUAAAGGGGAAAGAGAAGAGAAGGGGGGAUGGAUUUGGUUGAAUUGGAGGCGGUGGAAGGGCUCCGAUGGGCGUGGAAUUCGUGGGCGGCGGAUGGGACAAAUAUGAUAAUCCCACUGAGCAUAAUGUGCACACCCUUGAUGUUGUUGAACAGUGAGGUCCCUCUUCUCCCUUACGACCCUCUCCUCUGCUCCCGAUGCGGCGCCGUUUUGAACCCCUACGCACGCCUCGACUACCAGUCCCGCAUCUGGCACUGCCCCUUCUGCUCCCUACGCAACCCCUUCCCCCGCCCCAUCGCCGACACCAACCUCCCCGCCGAACUCUUCCCCACCUACAGCACCGUCGAGUACUCGUCUCCCUCUCCCUCUCCCCCUCCCCCUCCCCCUGCCUUCGUCUUUCUCCUCGAUCUCUCCACUCCCCAAGACGAACUUCCUCCCCUCAAGAACCAGCUCCUCCACCUCCUCCACCACUUGCCCGACCACUCCCUCGUCUCUCUCAUCACCUUCGACUCCAUGGUCUAUCUCCACCAUCUCUCUUCUUCCCACUUUUCCUCUCUCCUCGUCUUUCACGGCAACCGCCAUCUCUCCUCCAAUCAGAUCCGCCACUUCCUUAACCCCCACCGCCACCAGGCUUUUCUUUUGCCUAUUUCCGAAUGCCAAUUCUCCAUCACUACUGCCAUUGAAGAGAUCCAUUCUACAUCCAACUCCACCAUCUCCGCCUCUCGCCCUCCCAGGUGCACCGGCUCUGCAAUCUCCGUCGCCCUUGGUCUUUUGGAGUCUUGCCCCAUCAAUACAGGCUCCAGGAUCUUGGUCUUCACCUCUGGACCUGCUACUCUGGGACCCGGAAUCGUUGUCGAUUCUGAUCGCCGCCAACCCAUCAGAACCCACCAUCACAUCUUCAACGCCCAAGCAACACACUAUGCUAAGUCUUCCGCUUUCUAUAAUCAACUCUCCAAGAGGCUAUCCGGUGCAUCUGUUGUUCUCGAUCUCUUUGCCUGUUCCCUUGAUCAAGUUGGGGCAGCCGAGCUCCGAGGACCCGUUGAGCACUCCGGUGGAUUCAUCGUUCUCUCUGAGUCUUUUGAUUCCGAUCAGUUCAAGAAUUGUCUGAGGCAGAUGUUCAGAUGUGAUGACCAGGGCCACUUGAGAAUGAAUUUUGAUGCGACUAUUGAAAUAGUCACCACCAAAGACGUGAAAAUCUGUGGAGCGCUUGGUCCUUGUGUGUCCCUUGAGAGAAACAACUGUUUGGUGAGCGAGGCUGAGGUUGGAGAAGGUGGCACCUCUGUCUGGAAGUUAAACACGCUCACCCACAAAACUUGCAUUGCGUUUUUCUUCCAAGUGAAUCAGGAGCAGAAAAUGAAAAUUCAACCGGGCUCUGCAUUUUUAAUCCAGUUUAUAACGCGAUACAGGCAGGGAAACAUGAUCCGGAAAAGAGUGACGACUGCUGCAAGGCGAUGGGUUGCAAGCCAUUCGGCAGAUAUUGGUGCCGGGUUUGAUCAAGAAGCCGCAGCUGCAGUCAUGGCAAGACUUGCCAUUCUCCGGGCAGAAACAUGCCAUGCCCGUGAUGUCAUUAGAUGGCUGGAUGACACGCUUAUACGUUUCACUUCCAAGUUUGGGGACUAUGUCCCUGAAGAUCCAUCCUCUUUCCGCCUAUCCUCCAACUUCUCCCUUUAUCCCCAGUUUAUGUACCACCUGAGGCGAUCUCAAUUCAUUGAUGUCUCUAACACUACUCCGGAUGAAACUGCAUUCUUCCGCCUCGUGCUCAAUCGCGAGGGAGUAGUAGGAUCCCUUAUAAUGAUUCAACCCACACUUUUCCAAUAUUCGUUUGAUGGCCCACCGGUGCCAGUGCUGCUAGAUAUUCGUUCCAUUUCUCCAGAUUUUAUCUUGCUCUUUGAUUCUUUCUUCUGUGUGGUGAUUCAUUAUGGGUCCAAGAUUGCCCAGUGGAGGAAGCUGGGUUAUGAUAAGGACCCCAAUCACGAAAGCUUGAGAAAGCUGUUGGAAGCCCCAGAACUGGAUGCAGAGCAAUUGGUUGCUGACCGCCUUCCAGUGCCAAGGAUUAUAAGAUGUGACCAGCAUAGUAGUCAGGCUAGAUUUCUUCUUGCCAAGUUGAAUCCAUCUGUUACUCAAAAUUCAACCUACACAGAGGGUUCCGACAUUAUAUUUACCGAUGACCUCAGCUUGGAAGUUUUUCUGGAUCAGUUGCAGGUGCUGGCAGUGCAAAGCUAAUAAAGACCAACUUUAAUUUUGAAUUUUGUAACUAGUUUUCAAACAAGAGGUUCCAUGUUUUCGGAAGAUUGUUUUUCUUUGUUUACUUACGGAGUUGUAAGUUAUCUGAUAACUGUGAUUAGAAUAUGGUUUGGUCUAUUAGACUAGUUUUGAAGAUGAUGUAUGGUUACUAUUACUACUCUGACUAGAAACUGUAUUAUUCCCCCAGCUUCUUGCAUGUACUGUAAAUAACACAAUGUUAUGACAGAUUAAAGCUAUGCAUUGCUCGGUUUCAUUUA